AUGGCUAAGCGUAUCUUCAGCGGAGGAGCCGAAAAAGCCAGUGGUAACGACGGAAAUACCAGGACCUCGAUCACGCAGUUUAUUCCAGGAACUGAAUUCGAUGCAAAGAUGAAACGGGUUACACGUUGUUACAUGUUGAAAUCACGGCGACCGCAGCAAGCUGCUUCCGUACAAUUCUUCGCAGACUACGAAAAAUCGGUCGGCAACUACAUCGUGGACAUCGACGGGAACGCUCUGCUCGACGUUUACAUGCAAAUUUCAUCGAUGCCCCUCGGCUACAAUCAUCCAGCUGUGUUAAGAGCUCUGGCAGAUCCGGUUAAUCAGAUCGCCCCACCGGGAUUAUCUCACGCGACGACUAUGAUGUGCGGCUCUUGCUCCAACGAGAACGCAUUCAAGACAAUUUUCAUCUGGUACGCUGAAAAACGAAGAAACGGCGCUCCGUUCACGAAAGAAGAAAUGGAAAGUUGCAUGACGAAUCAAGUUCCCGGUACUCCGCGAUUCUCGAUACUCUCGUUCCAAGGCGCGUUUCACGGACGAACAUUGGGAUCUCUCUCGACGACGCACAGCAAAUACAUUCACAAGAUGGACAUUCCAGCGUUCGAUUGGCCGACCGCGUCGUUUCCCGCUUACAAGUAUCCGUUGAACGAAAACGUUCGAGAGAAUCGGCAAGAAGACGAACGAUGCUUAGCCCAAGUGGACGAGUUGUUGGAAAAGUACAAAACGGAGAAGAGAAUGCCGGUUGCCGGUGUAAUCGUCGAACCGAUUCAAGCGGAAGGUGGCGACAAUCACGCGUCUCCCGAAUUUUUUCAAGAAUUGCAGCGCAUAACGAAAAAGCAUGGCGCGGCAUUGUUGAUCGACGAGGUGCAAACCGGAGGCGGUCCAACGGGGAAAAUGUGGUGUUACGAACACUUCGAUCUAGACUCUCCUCCGGACUUGGUGACCUUUAGCAAAAAGAUGCAAUUGGGUGGCUACUAUCACGUCGAAUCCUUGAGGCCGAAGCAGUCUUAUCGCGUGUUCAACACCUGGAUGGGAGAUCCCGGUAAAGUGAUACUGCUGGAAGCGGUACUGGAGACGAUAAGGAAGGAGAAUCUUUUGCACAGAGUCACCACCGUCGGCGACUACACGUUGAAACAAUUGACCAGUUUGCAAGACGAAUUUUCCACCAUCAUGAAUUCGACGCGCGGACGUGGAACGUUCAUCGCGUUCAACUGCGUCUCGUCCGAACUACGGGACGCCGUGAUCAAGAAACUUUUGAGCAAAGGUAUUCAAGUCGGUGGCUGUGGAACCGCGGCGAUAAGGUUGAGACCCGCCUUGACGUUUACGGAACAGCACGCAGAUAUAUUCUUGGACGCUCUUCGAUCCGUAUUGAAGCAACAACGGUUUUAA